AUGUCUGGCCUUGAGAAGGCUCUCUUCAACCUGAAGUUCACUUCCAAGCAGCUCAACAGGCAAGCUGCCAAAGCCGACCGAGAUUCUCGUGCCGAACAAGCCAAACUCAAGAAAGCCUUGACCCAAACCCCACCUCAACCCCAGAUCGCUCGGCUCUAUGCCACGAAUUCGGUCCGCAACUCCCAGCAAAGAAUCCAGCUUCUGACGCUGGCAGCCCGGAUCGAUGCCGUAGCCGCCCGUGUUCAGACAGCCAUCACCAUGCGCACCGUGACCGCAUCGAUGGCGCAGACCGUCAAGGGAAUGGAUGCCGCGCUAAAGAACAUGGAUUUGGACAAGAUCGGAGCGGUGAUGGAGAAGUUUGAGUCACAGUUUGAAGAUCUCGACGUCGUGUCGGGCUACUAUGAAGGUGUGGCAGGGGGCGUCGAGAGCCAGCAGGUUGGCGUCCAGGGUCAGACCGAGGUCGAGGCCCUGAUGAGCAGAGUGGCCGACGAAGCGGGCGUUGAGCUGUCCCAGGAAAUGCAGCAGAAUGUGCCGGAACAUGAGUUGCCGGCCACCGAGACGGCAGAGAGGGCGAAAUUGGAGGAAGGCCUGGGAGACCGUCUGAGGGCCUUGAGGAAUUGA